AUGAAAUGUGAAAAAGGAAUAUUGAAGUCAAAGAAUUAUAGGGUGGGUUUUUUUGCUUGUUCCAGCAGAUCCAGUUCUCACUUCGAUGAAUAUUCCCUUGCUCUUGGGUGUAGCUCCAUUUUGCACAUAAAGACAAGGUAUUGUUCAAAUAGACAUACAAGUACAUUGAAAAAAUGUCCACCAAAUAGCAGGUGUUCAGACAAAGGAUGUCAGUGUGAUGAAGGUUAUGCGUUUGUUGGCACAGAUUGUAGAAAAGUAGUGUACCAGAAAGUCAUGGAGCCCUGCUAUUUACGGAAUGGUUCAGCCUAUCUGUGUGACCCUAAGGAACAUAGCUUUUGUGGAGAAAAGAAAUGUGUGUGCUUUGAUACUUUUCUCCCAAAUAUAACCAGUGGGCGGUGUGAUCCUGAAGCCGAUUUCCUGCGUGCCAGUAACCUUACAAAGUACAUUGCCCUACAUGGUGAUUACUGCAAGUCGAAAUCUCAUUGUAUUGAAGGCUUGGAGUGUUAUAAAUAUACAUGUUCGUGUCCCAGCCCCUGUAAAUAUAAGAAGAGCAUGGAGGUAUGUGACUGUGGUGCAUCGGGAGUUUCAACGGGACCUUUACUUGUUGGCAUCCUGGGUGGCUUGCUAAUCAUGGCAUUUUGGAUCUGCAAAAUAAGGAGUACUUGGAGGAGAAAAUACCAGCAAAACCAGCAGAAUCUUACCCACUGGCACAACCUUUAGGUUUUCAGAGCCCUGCCAACUCUCAGUACCCAUUAUCACAGGGUUUUGCUUCUAAUCCAUAUAAUAAUGCCUACUUACCUGAUGUUUCAGCACCCCCAGCUGAAGCAUCUGUAGAUCCUUCAGCCCCAUUGUGUCCUCCCAUUCUCCCACCUCCACCAUAUUCAGCCCCUACAUAUAAUCCACCAUAUGCACCUUCAACCUCACCUCCUCCAUAUCCUGCUGACAAGCCUUCACAACCUCCCCCAUCCAUGCCUCCUCCAUACCCUUCAUCAUCAUCUUCAACCCCAUAUCCUCUUAAUCCUUAAGUGACACCUUAGCUUGAUGCUGUGUCCUGUAACUGAGGUGACUGUGAUUUACUUUGUUUCUAGAAUAAGGGAAAAAAAUGAGAAAAGACAUUUGAUGCAUGGCAAAAAUUGAAUUUUAAGCAUGAUUUAUUCUGCUGUAACAUGGUAACAUGGCACCAGAUCACACUAUAUUGGAAGAGACAUAUACAAAAAUUAGGAAUAACAGAGUUUUUCUUCUCAAUCUGUUGUCUUUCAUGUUUUGGGGACUAUUUUUGUACUUGCUUCUAAACCAUGUAUUUCCUAAUAAUUGCUUUAAGUGAUUGUCUCAAAAUAAAGUUUUCCAGUGAAUUACAUAAAUAUAGAACAAAAUAUAGAAUAUACUGAUUUUAAGAGUUUAGCUAUAAUGAAUUAAGUGCCUGGAGAAUUAGUAUACAAGCCAAACAAAAACAGGUGCAAGUUCUUUGCAGAAGAUAACUUCUAAAUAUAAGAAUUUCAGUGAUAAUGACAUGAGUUGUUUUCUCUUUUUCAGAGUGCUUGAUUAAAGCUAAUUUGAUGUUUUACUUAUUAUAUUAGUACUGGAAAUAAAAGCUAGAUCUUUGUCAUUUCAACCCUUGCGAGUGACUUAUUUUGUUUGCAUUGUGUUAAAUCUUGAGCGUGGGCUGCAUGACAUAAGCAUACUCGGCUGUAGUCAAGCACCUUUGGCCAUGUCUUGAGAGAUAAUCAAGCUAAAGUAUGGUAUCAGAUACAAAUAAAGAUGAUGGCUGUCUCACUAUAUUGCUGUCCUUUGGAUUUAGAUAUGAAAGGGCAAAAAUAGAUG